AUGAAAGAAGUCGAAGUAGAAAUCAUUUCCAGAGAAGACAUCAAACCUUCGAGUGCAACACCUUCUCACCUAGGAAUCUUCAAACUCUGUCUCUUGGAUCAUCUCAUUCCUGCUCCUUAUGCUCCAAUUAUCUUCUUCUAUCCCUCACAUACCCUCUCAGCAGAAAACCCUAAGAAUAAUAUCCUUCACCUUCUGAAGCAGUCUCUAUCAGAAACACUAACCCUCUUUUACCCUCUCGCAGGAAAAAUCAAAGACGAUUUCUCCAUUCACUGUAACGAUGAAGGAGCCAACUUCAUUGAAGCUAAAGUUAAUUGCUCUCUUUCUGAAUUCCUUACCCACCCUGACCUCGUCUCACUGCAUAAACUUCUUCCCUGUGACCUUAAGAUUCCCAUGGAAUCAUACGUAGGAUCCUACAUUAGUAACAUCCAAGUCAAUGUAUUUGAUUGUGGUGGAAUCUCUAUUGGUUUGUGCAUUUCACAUAGGAUUCUUGAUGGGGCUUCACUGAGCAGAUUUCUCAAGGUAUGGACGAGUAUGGCUACUGAAGAAAAUCACAAGGAACUAGUGGUGAAACCAGAGUUACUGAUGGCGUCUUCCUUGUUUCCGAUGAAUAGUGAUGAUAGUUUGUGGUUCAGAGAAUCGUCUAUGGCUAUGUGGGGUUCUAUGUUUAAGAAAGGAAAGUUUGUGACAAGAAGGUUCUGGUUCAGUAAUUCUGCCAUAGCUGAACUCAAGGUCCAAAUAAUGGUUGAUUCUUCAGUAUGUGGUGAUGAUGAUGAUAUGGUGAAAAAUCCUACGCGUCUGGAGAUUGUUUCUGCAAUUUUGUGGAAGUCUUUCAUGGAUGCGUCCAACGCACAAUCUGAUUGCUGCAACAAGAGUACCCAAUUGAAAAGAGCUUCUUUGGUGAGUCAACUGGUGAACCUGCGUAAAAGAAUAAAAGACGAUGAAGCCAACCUGGGUUGUCCUGCAGAAAACGCCAUUGGAAAUCUUCUCUGGUUAGCUUUUGCAAAGUCCAACAUGGCAGACAACAAGAAUAAUAAUAACGAGACAAGAUUAGAUGGGUUGGUGAAGAAACUAAGGAAAGCAUUAUCAACAAUAGACGAUAAGUUCAUUGAAAACAUGCGAAGUAACUUUACUAGGAAGUCAACAGUGGUCCAGUCUCUGAAUAUCAAAUCAAUAAUGAUAGGUGAUCAAGAAAAUGAAGAAGAAGAAGAAGUUGAUUGUUUAGGGUUUAGCAGUUGGAGCAAUUUUGGGUUCUAUGAGGUUGACUUUGGUUGGGGCAAGCCCUUGUGGGUUAGCAGCAUUGGCUCGUAUGGUUCAUUGUUUAUGAACCUCGUCAUUUUGGUGGAUUCAUGGUUUGGUGAUGGAAUAGAAGCUUGGGUUACCUUGGAUGAACCGUUCAUGGCUCAUUUGGAAACCAACCCUGAGCUUCUUGGUUAUGCUAUAUUGGAUCCAAGUCCUCUGGCAACUGGUAAACAACUAGAUUCUGGGCCUUGGGCUUUGUACAAGAUCUGA